UUUUUCAACAGACAGUUGCUGGCCGGUGUGAGUUUAGUAAGCGCCUCAGUUUAAUCAGUCAUCUGCCUCGAAUUUGUGGAGCUUCAGUUUAACCCAUAAUGGGAAACUGUUUAAAAAGCUCUGGGCAAGACGAUAUAUCUCUUGUACACGAUGAAGAAAGUGCAGACUCACCAACAACAGGCGAGCCACCACCGCCAUAUCAGGUCGAAAAACGUUGUCACAUAUUGCCGCGUUUGAUUACUUUAGCGAGUAUUUUAAGUCACUCAAGGCAUUUUUCAUUUCAGGAGGAAGCGCCAAUCUUUAUACAAAGUCAACACGCUCCUCAUCUACUGUCUGAAGAACAGCAGAUUCGUUUAGCCCAGCGUUUAGGCCUGAUACAACAUCUUCCAGUCGGAAAAUACGAUGGAUCGAAAGGGAAAAAGAGAGAGUGUGUUAUUUGCAUGACAGACUUUGCUAUGGGUGAUCCAAUACGGUUUCUUCCCUGCAUGCACAUUUAUCACAAAGACUGUAUAGAGGAUUGGCUUGUGAGAUCAUUCACCUGUCCAUCGUGUAUGGAACCUGUAGAGGCAGCUUUACUCUCAACGUACUAUGAAGCAUCAACAGAAUAAUAGCAAUGUAAUUAUGUCUUUGAAGAGACAAAUGAUAGACAUUUUUUCUAAUGCCUCUUUUUACAAAAACAUGGGGCUAAUUUAGUAAAUGCAUCCCUGUUUCUGUAAAUCAGUCUGGUGUUUGCCAGAGGAUUCAAGAAAGUAAUUCACUUUCUGAUAGUAACUUAAUUAAGGUUUCAUUUAGUAAUUUUUUGAAAGUUUUUAUGGUAACACCAUUUCAUGUUCAAAGAAACAUGGCCAAUACAAUGUUUCUGUGGUUUCGUUUUGUUUGUUAAUUUUUGAGUUAUUCUCAUUUUCUUAUUUCCUUCCCAUACUUACUCUUAAAAAAAAAUCCAUGUUCAUUUCUUUUACUCAUGGUUGACAAUGUUUUCAUCAAAUGGGAGCUGUAUAUUUUUCAUUUAGGUGAUUUUCUUUGUCUUUAGACAUUUCAAAUGUUGUACAGAUGGAAAAAUCUUGUUCUCAUUCUCUCUUUACUCCAAUGCUACAUUUUAUUCAAAUGCUCUCAGACAAAUUAUGUAUCAAUGUGAAAGAAGAAGUCAGUCUUUUAUAGGUUCAACCCAUCUGCUAUUACUAGAUCAUGUUUUAGUCAAACUGCACCUGGAGAGCUGGGUCCAGAGUGAAAUCAAAGUGAGGUCCUUUGCCUACCAGCUUCAAUUUUGAAUAUGUGAAUCCAGUUCAAUUUUGUUGUUAGCACAAUGGGAUUAUUGAUUAUUAAUAAUAAUAAUAUUUAAUGAGGGAACCCAACUUGCCAAGGCAGUUUCCACUGGGAUCCUCAAACUUGGUAAUUACUAUACCCUACUGGUAGCUUGUAUUUUGUAACUGCAUGCCAAAGGCUAUGGUUACACAAGAAGAAUUCAUCACAAAUCUUUUAUAGUUACUAUCAGUGUUCAACUUUUCUAUAUUGAGUAAAUAUUAAAGCUUUACAAUAGCCUUUUUAGUCAGUAUUGCACAGUAUAGAUGAACUACCACUUAGUCAGCAUGUUAAUAUCACCACUGUGAGGCAAAGACUUGGUUUUCCUUCCCCUAUACAUAUGUAAAGCCCUGUAAAUUCCAUAUUUUUUAAGUCUUUACUUUUUCCAAAGACAUUCUUUAAAACUGCAGUGGGAAAUUGCUCACAGGUGUUGGUAUAUUUUUCUGAUGCCCUCCCAAAUUGUUCAACCUCAGACUAAAAAUAGUCAUCAACAAUUUUCCUUUCUAAUUUCUAACAAGGAAAAUUGACUGCUUUUCUUUUUCUGUAAAUUAUUGUUAUGAUUGACAAAAGCUUGCAUUUGGAAAAUUUGCAAAGCUUAAAAAAGAAUCUUCUUGUUCAACAUUGCCACUGCAGCAUUUUGUACAUAAAAGAAAUUUGUGUUCAAUUUUUUUUCUUAUUUAAUGGCAACUGCACUAAACAUGUGGUUACUGAAAUUUGAAGGUUGAGUCUUUUGAACACUUUCUAACUAGCUCAAAUUAAAACUUUUUAAUUUUCAUUUGAGCCAUAGAUAACAAACUAUGUACAUGAUUCCUCUUUUGAGUAAAGUUUUGUAUAUAGCCAACUUUAAAGAAUAAGUUAAUAUUUUAAAAUGUAAAAUACCUAUUGAGACUUGUAAAUAAAUUUGAAAAUAUAGAA